AUGCCCGGCACCGACGCCACGGACGACACGGACGGCAUGCCCAAUGCCACGACACGGACGGCAUGCCCAAGGCCACGACAGCCCAAGCCCCCCGAAAUACCCGACACGGACGACACGGACGGCAUGCCCAAGCCCCCCGAAAUACCCGGCACGGACAGUAUGCUCGGUGUCCUCCCCAACCUUGGCUCAGUGAGCCUGUGUGCAGUCCAGGAUGGUCCCGGCAAGCAAUCCACGAUCGAAGCCCCCGACAUACCCGGCACCAACGCCAUGCCGACGACCUCGUCUAGUUCAGCACGCCCACCCGCGGCCCCCGAUCUGCUCGACACGGACCCCAUGCCCGCGGACCCAAAGCACCCCCAAUACGGACGGCACGUCUACGGCUUUGAUCAAGCUCGGAAUGGACUGCAUGCUCGCGGACCAGUCCGGCCCGGAGCGGAUCUCAUGCAAGCGACCACCGAUCAGCCCGACUCGGGCUGCAUGCCGAUCCUCUACUACAUCGACUUGGACAGUACGCUUGCAGUCCCCGCCAAGCCCGAUACGGAGCGCACGUUCGUGGCGAUCGACAACUUCGACAACUUCGACACUGACGGCACGCCCGCGCCCCUCUAG